GCCAUGGACAGACAAUCAAUGGACCUCCAGCAGAAAUGGCUGGGAUAUUGGAUGCUGUAUGUCUUCGUCAACAGCUUCGAAUGGGUCUUUGCCAGAGUUCAAAAGUCUAUAAAACGGAUUUAUGUUAUCAAGUUACUGGUUCUCGUGGCCUGCGCCCUACCGUACCCGAUGUGCCCUGCUCGGCUGGUUUACACCCGCUACUUUCGCCGCCGCAUAUGGUUGGAAGGCGUUGGCGUUCCACCAGCGAGCUCUCCGGCCAUGACUACCGCCACCAUGGCGGACCAUUUGUCCACGUCUCGGGCCUCGGAUGGGCAAGAGUCACCCUCUAGGAAGAAGCAGCAGCCGCAGCACCCUCCUAAGAAGGCGGCGUCCGCGGCGAAGAAAGGGUGUAAAUAG